CCAGGGACUCCCCUCGCAAGCCUCCAGUUCGCAGAUGAGGGACCACUGUGUUUCUGAUCUCGAGAUGCUCCCUUGCGUUUAUUUUGGGUUGAUCUGAUAUUGUAUCUUGCCUUCAGUGCCUUGGUCUUUUCAUUGCUAGUUGCUCACACGUUGUCGUCCAAGUCGUCUUCGUACAUAUCUGCACAUAUUCAAGUACAUUACAGACAAUACACAGCUGGACGAACCGAAACUCCAAAUUCACUUCACCAGCUUGGGACUGACAUUGACAACGUCGAGGUACGCUUUUAUAGCGCCAUAGACACAAUCAUGGCCGUGGGAACAACACAUCACCAGCCUCUACCGGACAUGGCACAGAUCAAGUCCACAGAAGCCGAGAGACCAGAGAGACGUGCAGUCGUCACCACCAUAAACUACUACGACGACCCUGGAGAUGGAACCCCUCCCACCCCAAUCGUUGUAGGGGGUCAAAAAGUCACAAAUGAGAGGAAAAUGACACCUCGCACCGUCACCGUCACCGACAUCAGAGGCGACGAGGACAAGUACACCCUCGACACCCACGGCUUCCAGUACGUCCGCCACACCAGCGUCGAGACGGACUUUACAGACGAAGAACGGGUCAAGGGCGUCUACUACCCCGAGAUGGAGAAGCUGUACAAGGAAAUCACGGGAGCAAGCCGGGUCGUCAUCUUCAACCACCAGAUCCGCCGCGGGCCGGCAAACUGGCACAGCCUAGGCGAGCGCAACACGGAGCACCGCGGCCCCCUGCACAAGGCGCACGUGGACCAGUCCUACGACGGCGCCGUCAUGAUGGCGAGGCACCACCUCGGCGCGGACGAGGCCGAGAGACUCCUCGACAAGGAGAAGCGGCGGUUCCAAAUCAUCAACAUCUGGCGGCCCAUCGCGACGGUCCGGCGGGACCCGCUGGCCGUUGCGGACGGGACUACGGUCGCGGAGGAGGACCUUGUCCCGGGUGCGAUUAUUUACCCCCGUCACCGGGCCGAGACGUGGACGAUUAAGCCGAAUCCGGCGCACCGGUGGUACUUUUUGGACGGGCAGAGACCGGAUGAGGCGUUGUUUAUCAAGUGUUUUGAUUCUGAUACGUCGGUUGUCCGGAGGGCUGCGCAUUGUGCUUUUCGGGAUCCGGAGAUGGAUGAGAUGGAGUGUCGGCAGAGUAUCGAUAUUCGGGCGUUGGUGUUUCACUGAUGGGUUGGGAAGCUGAAGCAUGGUUGUCUUACCUUGGUCAUUGGUACAAGACAUGGAGGGCACAUCUCAGACGUUGAAGCUGUGCUUAUUCAAGACAAGACGCUGAACGGUAGCGCGGGCGCAUGGGUAGAUACACGUGGGAAGACAGGACCUAGGUGUCCUAAUGUAGAUUGAGGAAUGAUGUACGCUAUCGGAUCUAGCAGAUCUGAUGCCAAGCCUCGGGAAUCCUAAGCCAGCGUGCCUGUGAUGGACUUUCUGGGAAUUAACGACUACAUCAACGAGACGAU